AUGUUCUCACCAGCAAGACCAAGUCCUUUAAUCGUCGAUGAUUGUUAUGAACAGGGAUCGGGGGAAAAGAUACAAUUGGUUCCUAUUAAUCUGCCGGACAGGCCUGCUCGGUACAAGGACAAAGUCUACCCUGCUUACGAGGUGCCACCACUCGAACACAAUAACGAAGUAAAAGGAGAGAGUCUUGAUUUGAUCGGAUACAUUGUCAGUCACUUUGAAGGGCCUUCACUGUUCCCUGAUGAUCCUGGGAAGAAAGAGUUUGGAGACGAGUUGCUGUCCUACACGGACUCCUUCAAUAGAUCUGUGUUUUCGUCGGUUAAACAAGAUGAAAUCGAGUCAGAUGAUUGGACAUUUGACUAUAUCGAAACUGCUCUUUCCAAAUUUGAAGACGGACCUUUCUUUCUUGGCAAGUUUAGUCUGGUGGAUAUAGCUUACGCUCCCUUCCUCGAAAGGUUUCAGCUUUCCUUGAUGGACUUGAACAAGUAUGACAUCGCUGCAGGGAGACCUAAACUGGCAGCAUGGAUUGACGAGAUGAACAAAAAUGUAGCUUACAAACAAACCCGAUGUGGCCCCAAAGAGCUUGUCGAACUUUAUAGGAGACGCUUUUCCGUAAUAAUCUUCUUGCAGCAUGUUCGCAAGUCAAUUAUCGUCGUUGCCAAAUGCUAA